UACCCUCUCCAAUUCUCUCUCUCAUCUCAUCUGAUUUUGAUGUUUUAGCAGCAUUAUCAUAUCCAUGGCGGUAGAUCUAGUAAUGGGUUACAAUAAAAACGAUUCAUUCCUCGAAGAAGCCGCUUCAGGAUUAGAAAACCUACAAAAAUUUCUCAGAAUGCUCUCUCAAUCACAACGUAACCCAGAUAAACCAUUAGAACUCGACUGCGGCGCCGCCGCUGAUGCCGCCGUUACCAAAUUCAAACGACUCAUCUCUCUCUUAGGUCGCACCCGAACUGGACACGCCCGAUUCAGACGUGCACCGAUCCAUCUAAACAAAAAUCAAUCACAAGAACCAAUAGUUUACUCCCCCACUCCUCUCCAACAAAUCCCCCCUCCCCCAGCCGCCGUUCAGAGAACGGAUCCGGAUCCAGGUUCGAAAACAAUAACUUUCUCAAAUUCUAAUCAGCAGACGGCGGCAAGCUCGUUCCUUUCCUCGUUGACUGGUCAGGGUUCAUCUGCCGUGAAGCCGCCGUUAUCGAUGAAGAGAAAAUGUAACUCGUCGGAAAAUAACUGGUCCGGCAAGUGCAGUGGAUCUUCCGCCGGCGGCAAGUGCCAUUGCUCGAAGAGAAGGAAACUGAGAGUGAAGAGGGAGAUAAGAAUUCCGGCGAUAAGCUCGAAGAUGUCGGAUAUACCACCGGACGAUUACUCAUGGAGGAAAUACGGUCAGAAACCCAUUAAAGGAUCUCCUCAUCCAAGGGGAUAUUAUAAGUGUAGCAGUGUGAGAGGUUGUCCGGCAAGGAAGCAUGUAGAAAGGGCAUCGGAUGAUUCGAACAUGUUGGUGGUGACUUAUGAAGGAGAACAUAAUCAUACUCUUUCUAAUCUACCGCCGGAUGCCACUGCCUUCAUCUUGGAAUCUUCUUGAUCAUUCUCAGAUUCAAACUAUGAUCAAACAUGAAACUGUAAACAGUUUUAUUUUCUUAAUGUUAUCAUCUUUUGAUUUUAGUUAAUGUGUUUCUUUAGUCAGUUUAUUGGU